UAAGGCUAAGGCCCGCGUAAUCACCAGUCCAGUCCCUGCCAUCACUACCUCUAGCGUACAAAGCGGCAAUUCAGAUUUCAGAUGAAUAUGAAUGCGGACGUUUGGUUUCCUCAAUGAGUAGCGCCAAUAUUCAAGUUCUGAGUUCUGUUUUUUGGCAUUCGGGAAGUUUAGUUUCAGAGGAGGCGAACAUUAGAAGUUCUUAAUAUAAGCCCAGCAAAAGGUAACAGCGACAAUAACGUCAGCUAUAGGUAGAAAAGAGCGAUUUUGCGUUAUGGAUCCGCGUAAGUUAACGGAGCUGCUGAGGGGGACCAUUGACCAUGCACAGCAGAAGCAGGCCGAAGAGCAGCUAAACCAGGUUCACAAAAUUAUCGGCUUCGCCCCAGGUCUCCUUCAGGUCAUUAUGUCCAAUGACAUCGAUAUGCCUGUGAGGCAGGCUGGUGUUAUCUACUUGAAAAAUUUUGUCAUCACAAACUGGGCUGAUCGGGAAGUUGAGAACAAUGCUGUGCCUUUUAGUAUCCAUGAACAAGACAGGGCAAUGAUUCGUGAUUCCAUUGUUGAUGCCACUAUACAUGCUCCUGAACUCAUCAGGCUCCAGUUGGCUGUAUGUAUCAGUAAUAUUGUCAAGCACGACUUUCCUGGCAGGUGGACGCAGAUCGUUGAUAAAAUAACUAUAUAUCUUCAAAAUCCAGAUGCUACUUGCUGGCCUGGAGCUCUUUUGGCUCUUUAUCAGUUUGUUAAAAAUUAUGAGUACAAAAAAGCAGAAGAUCGAGGUCCACUACAUGAAGCUAUGAAUCUUUUACUGCCUAUGAUUUACCAACUGAUUUUAAGACUACUACCUGAUGAUUCUGAACAAUCUGUCCUUCUGCAGAAACAGAUACUCAAAAUAUUUUUCGCGCUUACUCAAUAUACACUCCCUCUUGAUCUUAUUUCAAAAUCAACUUUCUCUGAAUGGAUGAAUAUUGUACGACAAGUUGCUGAUAGAGGUGUACCGGCAGAGACAAACAAUAUUAAUCUAGAUGAUGAUGAACGAGCUGAUUUACCAUGGUGGAAAUGUAAAAAAUGGGCACUGCACAUACUUCAAAGAAUUUUUGAACGAUAUGGAAGUCCAGGUUCUGUGAACAAAGAUUAUAAAGAAUUUUCAGAAUGGUACUUGCAAACAUUUAGUGCUGGUAUACUCGAAGUAUUGCUGAAAAUUUUAGACCAAUAUCGAAGAAAAAUUUAUGUUUCACCUAGAGUUUUGCAACUCUCUAUUAAUUACAUUGAUCAAGGAGUUAUCCAUGCAUUUUCGUGGAAGUUUUUGAAACCUCAUAUGUUCGAAAUUAUUCGCGAUGUUAUAUUUCCUCUCAUGUCUUACUCAGCAGCUGAUGAAGAGUUAUGGAAUACAGAUCCAUACGAAUACAUUCGUGUUAAACUAGAUAUAUUCGAAGACUAUAUAUCUCCUGUAGCUGCAGCUCAGGCCUUGUUAAACUCUGCUUGUAAAAAACGUAAAGACAUGUUGGAGAAAUCAAUGCAAUUGAGUAUGGAAGUUUUGACCAGCGUAAAUACUGAUGCAAGACAAAAAGAUGGAGCUUUACAUAUGGUUGGAGCGCUUGCCGAUAUUUUAUUGAAGAGAAACAUUUAUAAAGAACAAAUGGAUGAAUUACUUCUUCAGUAUGUGUUUCCUGAAUUUAAUAGCUCACAUGGUCACAUGAGAACAAGGGCCUGUUGGGUAUUGCAUAACUUUGCUGAAAUUAAAUUUAAACAAGAAAAUAUAUUGAUACAGGCUGUCAGAUUAACUACUAAUGCUUUAUUAACUGAUCAAGAUCUUCCUGUUAAAGUAGAAGCAGCAAUAGCACUUCAAAGCUUGCUGAACAUGCAAGAGAAGGCACAGAAAUACAUUGAACCAUACAUCAAACAAAUUACAAUGGAACUUUUAAGUAUUAUUAGAUUGACUGAAAAUGACGAUUUAACAACUGUCAUGCAAAAAAUAGUUUGCACAUAUCCUGAUCCACUGAUGCCUAUUGCAGUCGAAAUAUGUCAGCAUUUAGCAACUACUUUCAGCCAAGUAUUGGAAACAGAUGAAGGUAGUGAUGAAAAAGCUAUUACUGCAAUGGGGCUACUAAACACAAUCGAUACUUUAGUGUCUGUGAUGGCAAAUGAGCCCAUAAUAAUGAGCCAACUACAACCAAUAGUUUUGCAAGUUAUUGCACACAUCUUUAAUCACAGUGUGAUAGAGUUUUACGAAGAGGCAUUGUCCCUUGUAUACGACCUAACAGCGAAGUCGAUAUCUGAUGACAUGUGGAAAGUGCUUGAACUAAUGUACGAGCUUUUUCAGAAGGAUGGCUUUGACUACUUUACGGAUAUGAUGCCAGCCCUGCAUAAUUACGUUACAAUUGACACACCUGCCUUCCUAUCAAAUGAUAAUCACAUUCUGGCCAUAUUUAAUAUGUGCAAGGUUGUGCUGACAGGUGAUGCAGGAGAAGAUCCUGAGUGUCAUGCAGCAAAACUUCUUGAGGUCAUAAUUCUACAGUGCAAGGGCCACAUUGACAAUUGCAUACCGCCACUAAUACAGCUCGUGCUUGAUCGUCUGACGCGUGAGGUCAAAACGUCCGAAUUAAGAACCAUGUGCUUGCAAGUAGUAAUUGCUGCUUUAUAUUACAAUCCAACUUUAUGCCUUGAAACGAUGAACAGACUGCAGGAAAGCUUAGGUCAGUCAACAGAACCGAUUGCCUCACACUUCAUUAAACAGUGGAUCCACGACACGGACUGCUUUCUUGGCUUACACGAUCGAAAACUUUGUGUCCUCGGUUUGUGCACUGUUAUAAGCAUGGGCCCUUGUAGACCUACAGCAGUCAAUGAGUGUGUACUACAAAUUAUUCCAUCCUUACUUCUACUCUUUGAUGGCCUCAAACGAGCAUAUGCAGCUAAAGUUGCGGAGAGCGAUGAUGAGGAUAAUGACGAUGAUGAAAGCGAUUAUGAAGAGGUCUUAUCAUCUGAUGAAGAUGAAAUCGAUGACGCUAGUCAAGAUUACUUAGAAAAACUUGAAGAAAAAGUGACGAAAGUUCGAGGUCAGCAAAUGUUUGGCAUUUCAACGUCGAUAAAACCUACCGCUUCGGAUGAUGAGGAUGAUGAUUCUGAAUAUAAAGCAAACGAAGAAACUGCACUUGAAAGCUACACCACGCCUCUUGACUCUGAAGAUACAAAUCAAGACGAAUACAUUGUAUUUAAAGAAGUUAUCCAAACGAUUCGUACCUUGUUGCAGUUGGCUGAGAAGGGUAAAUCAAUGCAUCCUAAGGCGGCUGCUAUUCUUCAGUCACAGGUGUAUGUGAAUGAUAUAUUUGUGGGUGCUGAUACUUUGGGGGAGGCAACUCUUCGGCGUGAUCAGUUGGUUUUGUUGUUGGCUGGUGCUGGUAUGCAGCUCGCUUUAGGAUUGAAGUAG